GUGAGGAUUUACUUUCCUGAGAGCACAAUAUCUACAGAAUCAUGGCAAAGCAAUGGCACAUGGUGCUCGUCUGCACUGUCUGGUAUUUCCAGAUCCUUAUUGUUGGAGGUUUUAACCUGGACACCCAGAAUGUACUGCAGAGAAAAGGAGAUCCAGGUACUCUCUUUGGAUUUUCUGUUGCUUUCCACCAGCAGCUGAGCCCUGCCAAGAGAAACCUACUGCUUGUUGGAGCUCCACGGGCAAUACACCAGAAUCAAGUGAACGUUACCGGAGUGGUUUACUGGUGUGAUCUGUCUACAACAACUGAGCGCUGCCAGCCCAUUGAGUUUGGAAAUGAAGAGUUCCUUGAGAGUAAAGGCAUUAACAACCAAUGGAUGGGAGUAAGAGUCACAAGUCAAGGUCCUGGUAAAAAUGUAAUGUCAUGUGCUCAUCGAUAUCAGCAGUGGAGCCAAAGCCCAAGUCUUUCUGUCCCUCACCUGCUGACGGGUCAGUGCUACCUGUUAGGAGACAACCUUCAGGUUGGGGAGGAAGAAAGGACAUGGCGAAGGGUAGUUUGUGAUUAUGAACACCUAACUAGAAGACAAAAGGACCAUGAGUGGUUUGGAUACUGUCAACAGGGCCAUGGAGCAUCUUUUGCCAAAGAUAACCAGUCGUUGUUAUUUGGGGCGCCAGGAGCUUAUCAGUGGAAAGGAAUUGUACGAAUGGAGGUUCUGGAUAAUCUCCACAUCACCAGCAAAGAUCCUCGUGAAACUGGAGAUAUAGACCAGUUUAACCAGAAACUCAUUCCUCUCCAGAGAAACAGCUACCUAGGCUUCUCUAUAGACUCUGGGAUGGCUCUGAUCAAGAAGGGUGACCUGACAGUCGUAUCAGGGGCACCGCGAGGUGGCUACAGUGGCCAGGUGGCGUUCCUGAAGGAAGACCCUGAGGCUCAGAGAAAUUUGUCUGUCAAGCUGGUUCUCUCUGGGCCAGGCCUGGCUUCUUCCUUUGGCUAUGAUGUGGCAGUGGUGGAUCUCAACAGUGAUGGGUGGGACGAUCUUGCUGUAGGCGCACCGGAGUUCUUUGUAAAAGAUGGGGUGGUGGGGGGAGCAGUCUUCAUCUAUAUUAACACCAAAGGAAAACGCUGGGAAAAGAUUGUCCCAAUUGCACUUUAUGGACAUGAAGACUCCAUGUUUGGUCUCGCAGUGGAAAAUAUAGGAGACAUCAAUCAAGAUGGUUAUGGAGAUAUUGCUGUGGGGGCACCAUAUGACGGUUCUGGUCGGGUUUACCUUUACUGUGGCUCAUCAGAUGGUAUCAACAGAAAAGCUGCACAGGUACUCUCACCAGGAUCAAACACAGUGAGUUUAUUUGGAUAUUCUUUAAGUGGAAACCUGGACGUGGACGACAAUCAGUACCCUGAUCUGGCUGUCGGAUCACUCUCAGACUCUGUUUUUGUUUUCAGAGCACGGCCAGUCAUCACUGUCAGCACCUCUCUGAAGAUAACACCAAAUCAAAUAGACAUCACAAAAGAACGGUGUGAUGAACAGACGUGUUAUUUUGCAGGUCAGGCUUGCUUCACCUACACAGCACAGCCAGCAUCCUUUAACCAUACAUUGAUGUUAAACUACACUUUUGAGGCUGAUUCUGACAGAAGAAGAUCAAGACCCAGAGUCGACUUUGUAGAUUCUUCUCGUGGAAAACUGGAGCUGCCUGAACAAGGGAGACCAAUUUGUACCAACACAAUGCUCCGACUUGUGAGAGACAUCACCGACAAGCUGCGCAGUAUCCCUGUCUCUGUCACUGUGUCUCUAUGGAGCUUCAGUGAAACAACCAGUGCAAGUACACAUGUGUCAAGCAUCACUCCUGUCCUCAACCUUUACCAACAGAAGACCACUGUGUCAGAGAUAACUCUAAUAAAUGAGGGCUGUGGCAGUGACAACAUCUGCCAAAGUAACCUGCAGGUCCAGUAUAAGUUCUGCUCCAAAGAGACAAAAAAUGGUCAAGAGGUUUUUACAUCACUGGUCAGGGAGGAAGGAGUUGCAGUCAUCACUCCUUCUGAUGAAGACAUUGCUCUGGAGAUCACUGUGACUAACAUAAAUGGGGAUGAUGCACAUCAGAGUCACUCAGUCAUUAUGCUUCCAGACACAUUGCGCUACUCAUCUGUAAUCCACAGUGAAACAGCUGAAACACAAGUGAGUUGUUCAGCCAAUGACAAUGGAACACUAAUAGACUGUGAACUGGGAAAUCCACUCCAAAGAGAUGCUGAGGUGACCUUUUAUGUCAUGCUCACAACUUCCGGCAUCUCAUUAAGUACGAAACAUGUAAACGUCACUUUGCAACUUGAAACGACAAGUGUGCAGGAGAUACAGCCGGUUGAGGUAUUAGCCAAAGUGGUUUUUGAGUUGAGGUUGCAAAUACAUGGGUUAGCCAAGCCUUCUCAAGUCUCACUUGGUGAAAACCUAAAGGGUGAAAGUGCCAUUAAAUCAGUGGAUGAAAUAGGACCAUCAGUUCAAUAUGAAUUCAAGAUAACAAAUUUAGGUAGACCACUGAGGUCAUUUGCAAAUGCAUCAUUAAACAUCUUCUGGCCAAAGGAGGACUCUGUAGGAAAAUGGCUUUUGUACUUGACUCGUGUUAGCAGCACAGGUAUACAUUCUGUCCCCUGUUCACCUGUGAAUGAGGUCAAUCCACUCAGAAGUGUAAAGGGUUGGGAUGCUCCCUCAAGGCAAAGACGUGAAGCUGGAUAUGAAGCUCUCUCUACUGAUGACUUUAAACUUCAUCCAACAAGAAAAUACAAAACUUUGACAUGCUCAGAUGGCCUCAGAUGUGUGGAGAUACGCUGCCCUCUGCUGGGCCUGGACAGUACUGCACUGAUGAUUCUACAUUCACGCCUUUGGAACGCAACUUUGGAAGAGGAUUACAGCUCUUUAAACUACCUUAACAUUGUGGUGGAGGCUACUCUCAGUCUAACCAAAUCUCUGGAGAAUAUUGGAUUCAAAACAGAAAACCCCAGGACUCAGGUAAAACUGACAGUGUUCCUUGAGAAAAAGGUUAAUUUCUUAACCAAAGUAGCAUGGUGGAUAAUCUUCCUGUCAGUCUUUGCAGCUCUUCUGUUGUUGCUGUUUUUUGGCCUCUUGGUUUGGAAGCGGAAAAGCAUCCAUUGUUUUGAUAAUAGCAAGAAGCUCCCAGAUGAUGAAAAGCCAAAGACAGGGUGGACUCUCCUUAAAAGCUGAUGAAACAUUUUUCAGGAUGCUCCGAGUUGUACAUUGACACAGCCAAUGAAAAUUUUAUCUACACUUUUAAUUAUUUUACUAAGGAGGCCUGUGAAGGAUUUAGAGAUGACUUUUUAUGCUCUGACACCUUAGUUUGUAAGAAAAAAAAUAUAUAAAAAAGUACAUUUGGUUGUAAUCUGCAACUUCACCACUAGAUGUCACAAAAUCCUUUACAUUGCUGGUAUAACUCAAUUAGCUUAUUAAAAAACACAUAACUUAUGGGAUGUUGACUUUUUAAACUUUCUAUUUGGCUAUCUUUGUGAAAA